AUGGAGGAACUCUGUUACAGCUUGGAGCAGACUGACUCCACUCCCGAGUUUUUGUUCUGGGACCAGGUAGAUCCCAGCGCUCAGCUGGAUAACUUCCUAACGGACUGCUCCUCCCUGGCAGACCAACUCUUGCCUUGGCCCUCCCCUGUGGUGCCCGGCGCAGCAGGGGGUGCUGAAGCGGACAGCUCCCCUCCGCCGCCCGCGCCGGGCCCCGCCGCCCUGCCGCCCCCUGCGCCCCGCCGCCAGCGGCAGGCCGCCAACGUCCGCGAGAGGAAGAGGAUGCUCAGCAUCAACUCGGCCUUCGACCAGCUCCGCUGCCACGUACCCACCUUCCCAUAUGAGAGGCGCCUGUCCAAAAUUGACACGCUCCGGCUGGCCAUCGCCUACAUCGCUCUCCUCAGCGAGAUCCUCCUCUCUGGCUGCGAUCCCAGAUCCUACGUGGAGAGAUGCCUGAAGAGCGGUGUGCAAACCCAACAGCAGGCAACCUGGAAUACAAGCGAUCUAACAGCCCGCCUGUCUUGGGUGAAGUGGGAUUAAGCAGUACUCAAAAGAAAGAUCUUUAAAGGCAGCAUCUUGCAGAACCCGAGGACCUAACUGCUGCGUACUGGCUGUCAGAUUCCCAGUACUGCAAGUCAAAGCAUGGCACUUGCAACUUUGCAGAUUGUCUCUCACUGCAUGUCCAGCAUGCAGCCUCUUUUGGUAUU